CCGCCCCCGGAACGGAAUCCUCCGGGGAGCGGAGCAGGCUCGCGCGCGUGCAUCCCGCACCAUCCCCCGGCCCCCGGCCCCGGCCCGCGUCAGACCGCCCCACCCCCCGCACCGCCACCGCCACCGCAGCAGCAGCACUCGGGGAUCCGGGCCCAGCCGGGGCCGCGGGAGGCGGGGGCGCCCGGGCCCUGGAUGUCCCGCAGCGCGGCGGCCAGCGGCGGACCCAAGAGGCCUGAGCAGCGUUUGCCCCCAGCCCCCUGUGGGGCCCUGGGGCCCCCCGAAACCUCCAGGACGGAGCCAGAAGGGGCGGGCACCAUGAACAAGUUACGGCAGAGCCUGCGGCGGCGGAAACCAGCCUACGUGCCGGAGGCGUCGCGCCCCCACCAGUGGCAGGCGGACGAGGAUGCGGUGCGCAAGGGCACUUGCAGCUUCCCAGUCAGGUACCUGGGCCACGUGGAGGUGGAGGAGUCCCGGGGGAUGCACGUGUGUGAAGACGCUGUGAAGAAGCUGAAGGCGAUGGGCCGGAAGUCCGUGAAGUCCGUCCUUUGGGUGUCAGCCGAUGGGCUCCGAGUGGUGGAUGACAAGACCAAGGACCUGCUAGUAGACCAGACCAUCGAAAAGGUCUCCUUUUGUGCCCCUGACCGCAACCUGGACAAGGCUUUCUCCUACAUCUGCCGUGACGGUACCACCCGCCGAUGGAUCUGCCACUGUUUCCUGGCACUCAAGGACUCUGGCGAGAGGCUGAGCCACGCGGUGGGCUGUGCCUUUGCCGCCUGCCUGGAGCGGAAACAGCGGCGGGAGAAGGAAUGCGGGGUGACGGCCGCCUUCGAUGCCAGCCGCACCAGCUUCGCCCGCGAGGGCUCCUUCCGCCUGUCGGGCGGCGGGCGGCCCGCUGAGCGAGAGGCCCCCGAGAAAAAGAAAGCAGAGGCAGCAGCUGCCCCAUCUGCGGCUCCUGGCCCUGCCCAGCCUGGGCAUGUGUCCCCGACGCCGGCCACCACAUCCCCUGGGGAGAAGGGUGAGGCGGGCACCCCGGUGGCCGCAGGCACCAGUGCAGCUGCCAUCCCCCGACGCCACGCCCCCCUGGAGCAGCUGGUUCGCCAGGGUUCCUUCCGCGGGUUCCCAGCACUCAGCCAGAAGAACUCACCUUUCAAACGGCAGCUGAGCCUACGGCUGAAUGAGCUGCCGUCCACACUGCAGCGCCGCACUGACUUCCAGGUGAAGGGCACAGAUCGGAGACACCCACCCCUCGUGGCCUCGGGGACUGGCGUGGGAGGCGUUGAUCUGCGUCCAGAAGGCUGGGCUGCUCGCAAAGUGCCUGAGAUGGAGCCCCCUGGAGCCAGUGACAGCGACGGCAUCAAUGCUCUGUGCACACAGAUCAGCUCGUCUUUCGCCAGUGCUGGAGCACCCGCACCCGGGCCACCACCAGCCUCAGCAGGGACUUCUGCCUGGGGUGAGUCCUCCGUGCCCCCUGCAGCGGCCUUCCAGCCCGGGCACAAGCGAACCCCUUCGGAGGCCGAGAGGUGGCUAGAGGAGGUGUCCCAGGUGGCCAAAGCGCAGCAGCAGCAGCAGCAGCAGCAGCAGCAGCAGCAAGCGGCCUCAGUGCCCCCUGUGGCCCCUGCCCUGCAGCCCUUUCCCGCCCCCGUGGGGCCCUUCGACGCUACACCUGCACAGGUGGCCGUGUUCCUGCCGCCCCCACACAUGCAGCCCCCUUUUGUGCCCGCCUACCCGGGCCUGGGCUACCCGCCCAUGCCCCGGGUGCCCGUGGUGGGCAUCACACCCUCACAGAUGGUGGCCAAUGCCUUCUGCUCAGCUGCCCAGCUCCAGCCCCAGCCAGCCACCCUGCUCGGGAAAGCUGGGGCCUUCCCACCCCCGGCCAUGCCCACUGCCCCGGGGGGCCAGGUCCGCCCACGCCCCAAUGGGGCACCCUGGCCCCCAGAGCCAGCACCUGCCCCGGCCCCCGAAUUGGACCCCUUUGAGGCUCAGUGGGCAGCGUUAGAAGGCAAACCUGCUGUAGAGAAGCCUUCCAACCCCUUCUCGGGCGACCUGCAGAAGACUUUCGAGAUUGAACUGUAGCCCGAGCUGCCCUGCCCACCCCAGCAUCUCCAGGUGCCCACACCUGGGAAUGGAGGCCCAACCUCUCCCUAGUCCCACUCCCUGGGGCUACGCCCCACCCCCCCACCCCGGGGGGGGGCGGGGGGGCCCCGGGGGACCACCCCCCACAACCACUACAGAACCGACAUUGUAACGCCCAGGUUGUGACAGGAUGGGAUUCAGGGACGGACCAGCCUGGCUAAGGGACCCAUUUCACUGCCAGACUUAGGCUGGUGGUGCCCUUCCCCCCUUCCCCCAAACCCCAGACACAGCGGGAUGGCCACCGUCCCACUGAGUGCCCUCGGUUCAAGCUACAUCUCCCAGUUUCUGUUGUUGACCUUCGACCUUUCAGUGUUGGGUGGGAUGGAAAAGGGAGGCCCACUUAGGGGCUCUUCUGGACCCCACAGGAGUGCCCACCCCAAGUCUGGCCGUCCCCUUCCAGACACAGCACAAGCAAAGGGCUUCCCUCUGCCCACCUGCUGCGUUCACUGCCAAUGCUGUGCUCACCCCUAUCACCCCUCUCCCCCACUCGGGGGCCCACAUCUUCCUUGGGCCAAGGUCUCGUGGGGGCAGGGGCCAAGUUGGGGGCCCAGGAGUUGGGGUGGGGGGAAGAGGAAGGAGAUGCUCAGUUACCUCACGUCAGUGCCCGCUGGGGAAGGGCCCGGGGAAAAGGGGGGUGCCUGGCGGGUACUUUUCUAUCUUUUAUUUCCAGAUUUUUUUGUAUCUAAACUCACAGAUUUGUAUUAUACAAGGACAGCCAAUAAAGGAAGACUAUAAUGGUGCCCCUCGGACAGCAGGGUGUGUCCAGGGGGGAUGGUGUGGUGA